AUGAAUGACUCUAGCUCGGAAGAAAUGAUAAAUAUCAACAGAAGGGGAAACCAGACAGUAAGAAAACGUAUUCUUGAGGAUUUAUUUGAGGAAGAUCAGCACGAGGCUUCCUCAGAAAGUAUCUCUUCCAUCGAUUAUGAAGAUAGGAAUUCCCUGUUUUACGAAAUCUUUGGCACUGGAGAUGAAUACAGAUACAUUCUCGAAGACGAGAACUCCGAGUCAACUGAAGAGACAAACAGCGGCAAUGUAAAUGCAUUGGAAUAUGAUCCAAUCGACUUGGACGGGGUAUGUGAAUAUGCUAUGAAUAAUAUGGAAAUUAAGCCAGAAUCUCUCAGGAAGGUUAUUGAAUUACUAGGAAAAGGAUACAGUAUCCAUUUUGUGUUAUUGCACAACGGGAUCGAAGGGAUUAGUAUUGAGGAAGGGUACAAAAUUGUCGACAUUUUCGAUGAGUAUAAGGAGUUUGCCAAUUCAAAGAAAAGGGUGGAAGAAAGAUACGGAAGCGACCCACUCUUUCAGAGUAUUAAAGACAUUCGUGCUCUUCGAUGGUACUAUGGAUACAAGAAACAUCUUGGAAAGAACCUCGAUCUUCCCGGAGAACUCCUUUCAGCCGAAGAGUUUUGUGAAAAUAUAAGAACAAAGAAAAAAAUACAUGAGCCUCUGGAUUCAUCUUCUUUUCCAAGGUUUGAAGAGGAAGGCGAACUAAUCCAGAGAAUCUCCUUGCAUCCUAUCUUUAGAAGUGCUUUGGAAGUGAUAUUCAAAAGCUAUGGAGUACGGAAUGAAAGGAACGAGCUUGAGGUUAGAGAUGAAAUUAUAAAAAGGGACCUGAUAGACUUUUAUUUGAGCGAUAUUUCAUCUGAAGACCCAUGGAAUAGAUAUCGAGAAAGUAUCGUUCGUUCUUCUGUAGAAAAAGUAUCAAAAGAAGUGGUUAUUCCAUCUAUCCUUAAGAAAAUGGAGGCAGAGGCUAUGAAGAAAGAGAUUUUUCUCGAGACAAUCGACAGAAUAGUAAAUGGAUCGAUUGGAAUCAAAGGAGAUGGCACAUAUGUAUGUGGAGUUACAAAGGAAAAAAAGUAUCUUAAGGCUGUUGCAGUGGACUUUGAAGGAGACCUUGUAGAUUCAAUAACGGUCAAGGAGGAUGAAGAAAAUGAACUCUUGGGGUUCAUUGAAAAGUUCAAUCCAUGUUGCAUAGCAGUUAGCGGAUUUACUACAUCUAUCAGAUAUUUAAUGAAGACUCUUUCUUCAUGGAAUCCUUUGUACGUAGAAGGCCGAAUUGCUCAGAUGAAGUCCCAGGACACCUAUUCCUUUUGUUGUAACAUCGCAAGAAUUAUUCAGUGCCCGGAGAUUGAGUAUAGUGAUAUGUUAAACAAGAAUAUCAUCUACAUACAAGGUCUAUUGCCAAGAAAUGUAAUAAUAGAGACAAUAAAGAGAGGAAUCCUAACGGCAAUAUCGGUAGUUGGAGUUGAUGCCAAUUACCUGCUCAACAACAAGAGAAAAGAAGGAUUGAUAUCACUUAUCCCUGUGAGCAACGCUUCGAAGAACAACUUGUUUAGUUUAAAGAAUGUAGCAAAGCUAGAAGAUCUCAAAAGUCUGUGCGAAAAUGAAGUGGAAUAUGACAAUCUAACAACAUAUCUUAGGAUCUAUCCUGGAGUAUUUUCUGGGGUCUCAGGAGGAGAACCGUUAGACUCUACUCCUGUACAUCCAAAAAACUAUAGCGUUGCAAGAAAACUAUGUGGAAAUACAUGGAAGAGGGAAUUGGAUAACGAAAAAGCCUCUGCUCCUUCGAUCCCGGAAUGUUCGGAUCCCCUGGCCAUGGAUGUUUAUAGAGCUUUGGAGGAUGGGGAAAGACCAAUAUAUUCAGGCUUUCCAGACCACCUUAUCUUCGAAGAACUAACCGGAUCCAACGGGAGCCUAGUUGGUAAAGUAAUUGAAGGAAGGAUUUCAAAGUGUGGAAAUACAUACUAUCUUGUAAGUUCCGACUCCACUCCUGCGUCAAUAUACGUAAGAAAGACCAAAGGACAGGAAGAGUUUUUUUUAAAUCAGUUGGUUACUGUGAAAAUUGAGUAUAUGAACGAUUACCUGCUAUCGUAUACCGCCAGUUUCACCAUUUCUGGGCCGAAGAAGCCACAUCAUUCCCGGUUCAUGACACAUCCGUUGUUUAAGGACCUCAAUAGUGAGGAGUCUGAAAAAUAUCUUAAGAAGAAUUCUUCUUCCAUACUUCUAAGGAGAAGCAGGAAAGAUGGUACUCCCGUGGUGGUUUUAAGGGUUACAGACUCCAUAUAUGUCCAUAUAAAAAUACAAGAAGCAGAGAAAUACUACUACAAAGGAAAUUCGUACGACGAUUUAGAUGAACUCAUAUCCAGAGUAGCCAAGAAGAUGCUUACGAACGUUAAGAACAUAAAGAAUCACAAGUACUACUUCGAGGAUGAGGAAAAACUUCUGGAUUAUCUUAAUCAAGGAGGAAGCUACAUAAGAUAUGGGUUUUUCUUCAGUGAGAAAUAUCCUGGGAAACUUUGCAUGAUGUAUCGCAAUGGACGCAACUAUAAGGAAUAUAUUACAGUGGAUGAUAACUUAGUGUACGAAGGAAAAAGCUUUGAAAAUCUUGAUGAGUUCAUAAAAUAUAGGAAGUCUUUGUAA